UAAGGUGCGUUCCCACUGAGCGCGUCACACGUCGCGUCGUCCAGCGACCUCGGUUUAUCCGGUCUUUCGUGGUAUGGUUUUUUCGUUUCCGGAGAAUCAUGCCGUUCCAGAGAUUUGUGCAGUCUGGCCGUGUAGCCUACGUGGGUGAUGGCCUUUAUCAAGGCAAACUGGUUACUAUCGUUGAUAUCAUUGACCAGAAUCGGGUUUUAGUCGAUGGUCCCUCAACAGGUGUACCUCGCUGUGAGAUGAGGCUCAAUGAUCUUCAUUUGACAAAAUUCCGUUUACGUUUUCCGUUUACUGGAUCUACUCGGGUCGUACGUAAAGCAUGGGAUACGGCUAAGAUCAACGAACUUUGGAAACAGACAAUGUGGGCCAGAAAAGUUGAAGCUAAGAAAAAGCGUACGGAACUCAGCGACUUCGAUCGCUUUAAGUUGCGUAAAGCGAGACAAAUAAGAAAUAAAUUACGGACGAAUGCGUUUUACAGAUUAAAAAAUAAGACCAAGAAAGCUAAAGCUGGCAAUGCAACGAAAAAGAGUGAGAAAAAAACUGAAAAGAAGUAACAACAUUCUGAAAUAAAUUUAAAAUCAUUUCAUGAA